AAGAAGCUCCUUGGUGACGGAGAAGAGGCAGAGAAGAGAAGCGGCACGCAGGGAGGCAGCCGCCAGCAUCGUCUCUUGCCGUCGCUGGACAGAAAGCUCGGUGUCCGCGGAGCUAUGGAGACGCCGGGGAGGAUAGCGAGCACACCGGACGCGCUGGACUUCACGGUGGACAACGUAGAAAAGGCUCUCCAUCAGUUGUAUUAUGAUCCAAAUAUAGAAAACAAGAAUCUGGCACAGAAAUGGCUGAUGCAAGCUCAAGUUUCACCUCAGGCCUGGCAGUUUUGUUGGGCCCUGCUCAGCCCGGAUAAGGUGCCUGAGAUCCAGUAUUUUGGGGCCAGCGCGCUUCACACCAAAAUCUCUCGGUACUGGUCGGACAUCCCCACUGACCAGUACGAGUCCCUGAAGAGCCAGUUGUUCUCCCAGAUAGCCUGCUUCUCCUCCGGCUCCAAGAUGGUUCUCACCCGACUGUGCGUGGCGCUGGCCUCUUUGGCACUCAACACGAUGCCCGAGGCCUGGCCCGGCGCCGUGGCAGAGAUGGUCCGGGUGUUUCAGGAGGAGGGGGGAGGGGUGGAUGGCCGGGCACGCUGCCUGGCUUUACUGGAGCUGCUCACUGUGCUGCCCGAGGAGUUUCAGACCAGCCGGCUGCCGCAGUACCGCAAGGGACAGGUGCGGGGAGCCCUGGGCCGAGAGUGGGGGUCAGUCUGCCCCUUACUGCAGCAACUGCUUCGGCGGACAGACAGCCCAGGGGCAGUGAAAGCCCGCGUGCUGCGCUGCCUGUCCUCGUGGGUGCUGCUGGACGUGCCCCUCAACGAGAGCGAAGGCCUGGUGCACGACUGCUUCAGCGCCCUGUCUGACCCGGAGCUCUUCGACACAGCAGUGGAGGCUAUAGUCAACGCCAUUUCUCAACCGGACUCCCAAAGAUAUGUGAACACAUUACUGAAACUGGUUCCUCGAGUGCUGGCCCUCCAGGAUCAGCUCAGGGAGGCUGUGCAGAAUGGAGACAUGGAGACCUGCCAUGGGAUCUGCCGGAUAUCCGUAACACUGGGAGAGAACCACUCCAGGACUCUGUUGGAGCAGGUGGAUCACUGGCAGAGCUUCCUGGCUUUAGUCAACAUGAUCAUGUUUUGUACAGGCAUCCCCGGCCACUAUCCGGUCAAUGAGACCACUAGCUCCCUCACUCUCACCUUCUGGUACACACUACAGGAUGAAAUCAUGUCGUUUGAGUCAGAGAAGCAGGCCGUGUAUCUCCAGGUCUACAGGCCAGUGUAUUUCCAGUUGGUGGAUGUGCUGCUCCACAAAGCCCAGUUCCCCUCUGACCAGGAAUAUGCAUCCUGGUCCUCGGAUGAGAAGGAGCAGUUCAGGAUUUACAGGGUGGAUAUCUCAGACACACUCAUGUACGUGUACGAGAUGCUGGGAGCAGAGCUGCUGAGCAACCUGUACGAUAAACUAGGGAGACUGUUGACGAAUACAGAGCAGCCGACAUCAUGGCAGCACACAGAAGCUUUGCUGUAUGGCUUCCAGUCCAUAGCAGAAACGAUAGAUGUGAACUAUUCAGACGUCAUCCCGGGCUUGAUAGGACUCAUCCCUCGGAUCAACAUCAAUAAUGUCCAGUUAGCCGACACAGUCAUGUUCACAAUAGGUGCUCUGGCCGAAUGGUUAGCAGACCACCCAGUGAUGCUCAGCAGUGUCCUGCCUUUGGUUUUACAAGCGUUAGGGAACCCCGACCUUUCUGUAUCUUCUGUUUCAACCUUAAAGAAAAUCUGCAGGGAAUGCAAAUAUGACCUGCCACCCUACGCAACUAACAUCGUAGCAGUUUCUCAGGAGGUGCUUAUAAAACAGAUCCACAAGACCAGUCAGUGCAUGUGGCUGAUGCAGGCUCUGGGAUUCCUGCUUUCCGCUCUGCCUGUGGAGGACAUCUUGAGAAACCUUCAUUCCCUCAUCACCCCCUACAUUCAGCAACUAGAGAAGCUCGCUGAUGAGACGCCUAAUCCCUCUAAUAAACUGGCAAUCAUUCACAUCCUGGGGCUGCUGUCCAACCUGUUCACUACGCUCGACAUUAGCAAGCAGGACGAUGAGUCAGCUGACGGCUCUGCGCCACCUGUCAAAGCAACUCCACCCCCUCCAGGACCAAAUCCGGUGGUGGUCGUUUUGCAGCAGGUUUUUGCUCUCAUACAAAAGGUUCUCAGCAAGUGGCUGAAUGACUCGCAGGUGGUGGAGGCGGUGUGUGCCAUCUUUGAGAAGUCUGUGAAGACCCUCCUGCAUGAUUUUGCCCCCAUGGUGUCUCAGCUAAGUGAGAUGCUUGGCCAGAUGUACAGUACAAUUCCCCAGGCAUCAGCUCUUGACCUGACACGACAGAUGGUGCAUAUCUUCGCCAGCGAGACGGACCACUUCCCACCAAUCAAGGCUCUGUUUGAGCUGGUUACCUCGGUAACACUGUCCAUCUUCCAGCAAGGACCCAGGGAUCAUCCUGAUAUUGUUGAUUCAUUUAUGCAACUCCAAGCUCAGGCCCUCAAACGGAAGCCCGACUUGUUCUUGUCGGAGAACCUUGACGUGAAAGCGGUGUUCCACUGUGGAAUUCUGUCUCUUAAGUUUCCCGAGGCCCCGACGGUCAAGUCGACGUGUCUGUUCUUUACUGAGCUGCUGCCGCACUGCUUAGACGUGCCUCCGUUAGCCAGGGUGGUACAGGAGGACGGCAAGCUGCUGGUGCAAGCUGUGCUGGAGGGCAUCGGGGGCGGAGCAUCCCGAAAUCUGAUGGACCAGUUUGCCGAAGUGUUGUUCAGUCUAAAUAAGAACUGCUUCUCUCUGCUCGCCGUGUGGUUGAAAGAGGCACUGCAGCCUCCCGGCUUCCCGUCGUCACGCAUCACGCCGGAGCAAAAAGACAACUUCUCGCAGCAGAUACUCAGAGAGCGAGUAAACAAGAGGAGAGUGAAGGACAUAGUGAAAGAGUUCACACUACUGUGCAGAGGGCUGCACGGCACAGAGUACGCUGCCGAAUACUGAAACCUCCCAGCUGAUCGUGACCUUCGUCCUCAGUGCAAAUACCCGGACGCCACAGCAACAAAGCUCCCUCCAAGCCCAUAAGGAAAUCGAGAAAUGAUUGUAACGAUAAUCCAUCCAGCAGCAGGACAAGACACAGAACCCAUUCCAGCACAGAGCUGCCAUCGGAUCAGCGGACGAACUUCAACUCCCAGCAGGCCUCAGAGAGGGCCUCCUCUUUGCUGCAUUGAUUCUUUUCGCUGUUCUAAGAUUGAUUGCCUCUCCCUCGUCUCUCUCGUCCUCUAAAGGUCAUUUUUGUUGGAAGGAUUUUGAGCAGCACACCCAGCAUGCUGCCUAAUGCCUUCUUCUAUCUCUCUAGAUCUUCCUGUGGUUCCCCUAGAUUUGUCUGCUGGUGAUUUAGCCUCUAUAUGAAAUGGUAGUGGUAUCGUACGUAGCUACUUGACAUUAUUUUUCAAAGUAAACCAAGUUAAUUAUAUAAAUGUAUAUGUAAAUACAAAUAGAUGGUUUCAGUCCUGCCGCUGCUGCUAAUGGGAUAAAAAGGAGCAACGGUUAGGGGUGACUGGACAGGAAGUCGAUCCAAUAUCUGCUCCGGCUCACGCCCCUGUGAUCUCUGCAUUUGCCAAAUUAUAUUAACUGUUUUGUGACUUUCUAUUUCGUUUUAUUAAAGGCCUUUUAUGGGGAGUGAUUAGGGAAGGAAAGCUUAAGACAACAAUACUUGGACUUUAUACAGUCAAACAACUCAACAAGCCCUCUAUACGCGGGGCUGUACCUCAUGUAUCUAUAAUCCUACUCAGUCCGACUGCAGUGUCCUCCUUUGCCGCAGGGUAAAGCAGGGCCGCUGAGAACAACGGCAAGAUGAAACCCAGCAACCGGCACCAUGAUGGAAGCUGCUAAGAAGGGAACUAGGCAUUUCUGACGAUGGCCUGCUUAGUCACUGUAAUCAUGCAAAAAUAUUAAUCCAAGUUGUGCAUAUUAACAGUUACUGGUGAACACUUGCAUAUUUGAGUGUACGGGUGUGUUCAUAUCUGUAUGUACGAGAGGUUUGCACAUAUGUGUCCCAUCCACUCCCCCCCCCCCCCCCCCCCCCCACUUGUUCAGUGCACUUAUAUUGGACCUAUGGUACAAAUGCAUCCUUUUUUCAUCAGCGUUUCAGUCAAGGAGGCCCCGUUUCAUUCUUCACACCACGCUCACUCAGGCACCCCUCUUCAGAAAGACUGACCUGGAGCGUCUAGCAUGUCGCGGACUCACGCCUUUGUCAAACCACACUCGUCCAUCCACGUUAUUCUCGCCAAGCACUGCUAUUUACAAAGCGCUUGUGAUCAAGCUACCCAGAAUCCUUUGGGUCACUGCCUUGGAGAGGUUGGAGAAGGAUCGGAGAGCCCAUGACGCAGAAGGUUCCUUCACGCCGACAUUCUGUGCUCGUCCUUUUACGCCUGCGAUGCUACGGCUGUAAAUUACACGUAUGUUGUGAAUGGGCAGCACCCCGGCAUCGAAACCUACCUUGUGAUCUCUGAUAAAACUUUUAUCUCAGUGUAAUCCUCCUGUCUUAUCCGAGGUGCCUGCAGACAUGUAGCAUGUAUGUGUUUUGGGGGGGGUGGGAGGGAUUCUUGGGACUCGUUUACGGGGUGUGGGUUAAUCUGCACCAGUGGAGGGGAGACGGAGACCCAAGGCAGGAAUCACUUCUGAUGCAAGCCGCUUCACUUUAGUCCAGUAAGUACUGCGAACGCCUCGGCGUUCAACACUGAUCCCUGGUCUGUUUUGUGCUCUUAGUGUGAAGUGAGGGGAGGGGCGUUUUAUCACAGUGUAGAGCUGUAGGCGGAUGGUAGGGGGGUGGUAGGGGUGAAAUGUACAGUGGUCUUUUUGUACCUUGGCUUUAAUUUAUUAAAUAUAUCUGAGACUGCAGCUGUUGACGCCUAA